UGUACACCCAUGGCUGAUUCAUGUCAAUGUAUGGCAAAACCACUACAAUACUGUAAAGUAAUUAGCCUCCAAUUAAAAUAAAUACAUUUACAAAAAAAUUAAAAGAAUUAUAAAAAGUUUUAUACAGGAAAGGUUCAAAUGAAUAGCAUGUACAGUAAGGAAGAUACUUGUCUUACUAAAUUCACCAGAAUAUAGGUUAAAAACUUCACUAUUGAAAUAAGCAAUAAAUUAUAGUUUCCCAAGCAGUGAAUGUAUAAUUAAAUAUAAUUGUAUAAUUAAGUAUAUAAUUAAGUAUUUAUGUUACUAAAUGAAAACUUUUUCAUAUAUAUAGUGUCAACAGUAGUCCUUGCCGCAUAAUAAGCUCUUCAUAAGGACUGGUUGAAUAAAUGAGAGUUGACCUUGAGCAUUUUAAUUUUUUGCUGACUUUGAAAAUGGUUUAAUGAAAAAUUUUAAUUAAGAAGAUAAUUCGAGGUAGGGCUCAAGGUGUGGCCUAUAGUCUGUUCAUGUCAAUAUCAUCACUGAGUCUCCAGAGAAGAGCCUAGGAGGGGACAAUGGAAAGAGGUUGACUCCAUGGAGAGGAGUUUGCCUCCUUCUCUACCUGCUGCUUCAAGUGCGAGGAAACACUCUUUUGGUCACUUGGACUUUGCCCAGCAUGGAGGUAGAUGCUGUCGUUUGACAGAAAGUUUUCUGUCCAGUCAUGCUCUACAGCAUCCCACUCACAUCAGCCUCUCCUUCACCCUGUCUAUUGUCCUGGAAGUGGAUGCACAGCUUCAGCUGAGGACAUCAUUCCUGUGGCUAAAUAUGACCUCAUACAAUGUAUCCACCAGGCAGAACCCAGAGGCAUAUGGGGACAACAGGAAGCUCAGCAUGGCAGCUGAGAGCCUGUGGCUUUCAGAUAUCUUUAUUGAGGAGUUCAUGCGUGUGGACCAGGCACCUGCAGGUCUCAGGACUCAUGUCAGCAGUGAAGGUCCAGAAGUGAGCAGCCACCACAAGUGUUCUGCAUCUGUAACCUGGACGUCUUCUCUUUCCCCUUUGAUGAACAGAAUUUCACACUCAUCCGAGGCCCUUUCAUCUAAACAGGUGGCCACCAGGCGCAGGUCCAGGCUUUGCGUGAUGCGUCCUUUGGUCCCCGAUGGCUUUCUGUUGGUCAUUAGUACCUUCAGCUUCUUCCUGCCAGCAGAAAGAGGGCACUUCUCUUGGGCUACACAUCUUCCUGCUCAUGAUGAUGGACUUAUUCCUGGCCACUGGCACCCCGCUCUCAGUGUCUCCUUGGCCCGUACUGCCUCUGAUGGUGCAGGUCAGCCUCCUGGAGACCACGUGCAUCACCUGUUUGCUCUACCUGGCUCCCACUCACGCCUUGGUGGCUCCAUUCUCUGCUUUUGCACUGUACUGACCUAAGGAAAUGCUGCCCCACUGCACCCCAGAAAGGAAAGAAGGGUCUAGGUCUUACCUCCACUCAUCUGCCUGGCCUGAAGGAGCCAUUGAAUUUGGUGGGGAAGGUGCCAGGUACCAGAGAGGCAGAGUUAAAUGGAUGCCCUGCAUCAACAAGGGCCAGUAGGAACCUGAGACCCAGAAGCAGCACUUUGUGGGCUGGUGGGUUCUGUUGAACCACACGAUGGGUGUCUGCUCUUCCACCUCUACUGCUCUUCUUGUCCUCCUCUAUCAUCAUGGCCACCAUCCUCUGGAACACCUUGGCAGAUGUCUAAGUACAAACCCCAAAACUGGUCAGGCUCUCAUGCCCAUCCAGAGCCCAGCCACCAGCCGUCUUGUUUUUAAUGCAGACCUUCUACACAGUUUCAGACCAGCCCUGCAUCAUUCCCUGGGCCCUCAAAAAGUCAUGUCCUUGCUCCUGAAUGCAAUCAGCUCCCCUCAGCCAGCCCUUGAGCUCUGUCUGGAUCCUCAGGAUUCCAGUUCCUGGUGUUACUAUUUUGGUUGAAUCAUCCUCAGUAAACCCUUUUGCAUGGGGAGAAAGGGGGAAAUUCGACUUUAUUUUUUGAAGAUAAAUUUUUAGUAUAGUUUAACUAAGCCAUUAAUAAUUUUAUAGUUGAUAUUUUUUGCAAAGAGUGACCGAGGAGUUUUCUUUGCAAGGGGAGAAAGGGGGACAUUCGACUUUAUUUUUGGAAGAUAAAUUUUUAGUAUAGUUUAAGCCAUUAAUAAUUUUAUAGUUGAUAUUUUUUGCAAAGAGUGACGAGGAGUUUUCUUUAAGUAAAACACUUGUGUUCGGUGGUGGAAAUUAAGGAUAUAAGCAGGAUUCCUAGGGAAACAUGGAAAAAAUACAUUAAUGAGUAACAUAAUAUGACAUUUGGUAUGCCAGUAAUAGUUACUUACUUGUUAAAUAGGUCCUAAAGACCUUCCAGGGCAUGAAAAUAAGAAAACAUUAUCCGUUAAAAUGUUGCAUAAAUCAGAAUGACCAUCAUUUUGCCUGUUUUAAUUGGAACUUUUCGUCCCUCCCCCCACAAAUUAUCAUGGUUUCAUUGCUUAAAAUGCAUUAGAAUAUUCUACUUAACUCUUCGUCUGCAACGUCUGUAUUUUGGGUCCUUGAUAAUGAUUUCAGAUGGCAUAACAUAAUAAUUUUCUUGGUGAUUGAAUUGGUUACAAAUUCCUUAGUAGUAAACAUUCAUGGAUUCACAAUCAGAGUGAAGAUACGAAGAAAAGAAAGGAAGAAUUUGCUUGUCUGUAUUUUUGUAAAAUCUUAGUUAUUGCUUUUAAAGAAAUGCAGUUUGGUUACAUAAGGCUUUUCUACCAUGUUGUUAUAAAAAUACAGAAAAGUUCAAAGGAUUAUGCAAGGGAUGCCCUAUACCCUCUACGUAUAUUCUACAAUUACUUUAAAAGUAUUUGCUUCAUCACACAUGGAUCAUCUAUCCAUCCUUCUAUUUUUUCACGAAUCCGGCUUUUUGAUGCAUUCCAGGCUGAUGUGUAGACAGCACACUUCAGCCCUUCACCAUGCAUACCAAAUUUAUCCAUAGUGUUUUGUUGUUGUUAAAAUCAAUGUAGCAUUCUCUGUCUUGUCAAAUGUAUAAUAUACAUCCAUGAAACUCAAACUGUAAUGAUUAUACAGACUAUAACUUGGAAAAAUUUCCUCCCAUCCCUUCCCCUAGGCCCUCUUGAAUCUCCCUAAACUCAGAAGUAACCACUCUUCUGAGUUUUCUUUUUUAAAUCAAAGAUUAGUAUUUUGUGUUUUAGAAUAUUAUAUAUGUUGAAACAUAUGAUAUAUACUUUGGUAUAAGAGUUUUUUCACUCAGCAUAGUGUUUUUGGGUUUCAUCCAUAUUGUUACACAUAUCAGUAAUUCAUUCCUCUUUGUUAAUGAGUUAUGUUACAUUAUAUGAAACCUACCAUGAUUUAUCUAUUUCUUGACUGUUUCCCGUUUUGGGUUAUUAUGAGUAAAGCUGCUGAAAACAAGCCAGUUACUUGCUGGGUACUUCCAUUUGAUUAACUCAGGAGCUUAAAAAUGAGUAUGUUCAAAAAUUUUCUUUAAACAUUUUUUUUUGCUGUGCUGGAUCUUAGUUAUGGCACAUGGGUACUUUGAUCUUCUCUGUGGCAUGUGAAAUCUUAUGGUGUCUGAGAUCUAGUUCCUUAAACAGGGAUCAAACCUGGACCUCUGCAUUGGGAGCAUGGAGUCUUAGCCACUGGACCACCAGGGAAGUUCCCUAGUAUGUUCAAAACUGAGCUCACCCAGCUGUGUAUUCUCCCCAAGUCCCUGUGUCAGUGAAUGGCAGCACCAUUUAGAGUGCUGUCCAAGUCAUGACCUUGACUGCUCCCCGUCCCUGAGCUCUCACACAUCAUCAGAUACAGAGUCCUGCCAGUACUGUCUUCAUCACAUUCAAUCACUUUGCUGUAGUGCCUAAUCAUGAUCCUGUUCGAAGCCAACACCAUUUUCAUCUGGAUUUCUAAAAUAACCAUCUAAUUGGUCUCCUUGCUCCCUCUCUUGGCUCUCUCUCUCUAUUACCUUUUCCAGACCACUGUCAGGGAUCUUUGAAAAAAUACACAUUAAGUAUACUACUUACCUGUUAAAAGACAGCAAAAGAGACACUGAUGUAUAGAACAGUCUUAUGGACUCUGUGAGAGAGGGAGAGGGUGGGAAGAUUUGGGAGAAUGGCAUUGAAACAUGUA